GUAAGAUUCCAUUUCUUCUGUAUAUAUGCGUCUCAAUGACCGAAUCUCUUCGACAGACAUCCUAGAGACAUGGAAUGGCUUACCAGGAGUGUUCUCCUCCCCCUGCUUUCCAGAUUCCUCCCCACUGAUGUCGCUCCCAAAUUCCCAGGUAUACUUCUAGUUCUUUCGUAGCAACGUGUUCGUUGACUUCUUUGAUGUCAUUUUAGAGGAACCGGAGGUGUGAAACUCCCAACUUGAAGAUCUUUGCAAAGCAACGGCAUACGACUGCAUGGCUGGUCUACGUCCCUCGAAUAUUUGUCUUUCCGACACACACACUUCUUGGGAAACCGUCCGCACCUUUACCUAUGCAAGGAAAUCCGAGUCGCACACCGCAGCAGUAGGCCGGCAAAUGCCGGUCUACUAUUGGCGGAGUCCGAACGAACCGGGAUCCCGAAAUCGUCCUUGACCGGUUACCACGACAAUGGAUCCGCGCUGGGAUCGCGGUGGCGAGCAUUAUUUCCUAGAGUCUCUUUACGAGUACGUUGACAUACACCAAGCGGACCCACGAGUUGUCGUGGUCGACUCUGCAGAUCCACCUCCUCGGAAUAUCAAGCCUUUUAAGCUUCUUUCCACCCUUCCAAACGAACUUUUUCUGCAUAUCUUUUCGUUUCUCCCCACGAAGGAUCUGAGCCACGUCGUCCGAACUUGUCGCCAUUUUCGCGAUCUUGCACAGAAGGAGCUGUACAGAAACCUCAUCUUCCGGUCCUUCAACCCUCAUGUCAUUCUUAACGCCGGGAUCUGGUCCAAACCUGCGUGGAAUAAUGUCCCCCACCGACUCACUGCAUCAGCCAACAGUGCUUUAUUGCUCCCUCAGAUUCUCGAACUUGUUCCGCGUCUCACCCAGCUACGAGAGCUUGUAUUCCAAGGCAUUGAUUUCAUACACUCCAACAAUACCGACGUUUACUCCAUUUUCGACAAUGUCCUCAAUUUGCAGAGCCUGUCGUUCAUGAAGUGUCACCUACCGCGGUGUCAGACGGCCACCUUUUCGCAUCUGGCGCUUACGCAGCUAGACAUGCUGUUUAUUACGUGGGACCAAGAGCAGCCGGCACACCCGCAGAUUCCCCAUGGGCACCAUUUUAUGCCAGUGUUAGGGCCGACACAGCAACCGCAUGUGCAUGCACAUACUCACGGAAACAUAUUCCACAAUCCUUUCAACAUCCAGAAUCCGUUCGCUGCACUGAAUCCACCACAACACCAUCACCCACUGAACCACCAGCAGAUGAUGAACAUGCUUAUCUACGGCGGCCCUCCUCACGGCCCUCCCAUACCCCCGCCGCCACCGCCACCACAAGGCGACCGCCUCGGCGCGCUCAAACUCCUCGCGGUUCCGACCAUUACUAUCCUCCGUGUGGACUGGUCAGCCGAGAAUAUUGCGUACGUAUCCCAGCACACCAACUUCCUCACCAACCAGAGCCGACUACACACCCUUGAGCUAAGAUGCCUCGACGAUUCCCGCGGACCCUUACAUUUCCAGCAACUACUUGCUAAAGGCGUACGGCGCCUUGUGUUCAUGCCUGAUGCGAGGGUGCGGAGCCUUCGUGGAGCGGACCUAUCCGGGCUGAGGCUCUAUCGUGGCCCUUCUGAUAUGCUUCCGGUCGUCAUGGGCGGGAGGGCAGUAACCCCUACAGGUUCGCACAUGUCGGCGGUAUCGCUUUGGCCCCCGCAGGCAUACCCAUCUGGUGCAAUGUCGCUCCAACAGAAAGUCGUCCCCGUUGUAUCGGGCGUCAAGCAUGUCAUACUCACGACGGCUUUGGAUGCGGCGAAGCUUGCGCCAAUGUUGGGUAUGUUUGCUGGUGCGGAGCAGUUCGAGUCUUUUGAGCUCAGGUUGACGAAAUGGGAUCUGGAGGCUCUACAUGCUGCUGUGUAUGCUUUCCCGAAUGUGAAAGAUCUGAGGAUUAAGUGGACUGGCGGCGAAGGGAUAGAUGAGACGACCCUCGUUUCGUUUUCGCCUCUAUUCUUACAGAGACUGCGAAACCUACAGGUGCUGCACUUGUACGACACGUCUAUAAAGGAGCAUGUUGGUGAUGAUGGUUUCGAGUUGAUCGGUCCCGCGAAACGAUUAGCGGGACUGGUUGAGGUCAGAUUACAGCCAGGAGCGGUUUGGAAGAGAGCGGGAGAUGAAUGGACUCUGAGGAAGGACUUUGUUGAAUAGUUGUGUUUAUAGUGAUCGAUGAUAUAGUGUGCAUAUUUUGUAUUUAUCGUGGUAAUACACACUGAGAAUUCUCUUAAUUGAUGUGUACACCGGGUAGUAGCUGCAGUACAGGAGCGAGGAUUCAUGGGAUCAUUUAUCUCAUGUGCAACCGGGCCUGCAUAUAGCCCCACAGUAAUUCAUACAUCAAUCAAAACAAUACAGUUGUACUAUUCACCAAUAAAAGCAAAGGUGGGGAAUGUGCGAAAAGGACAUGGAAGGGAAGGGGGAGAGGAUCCUUGAUUCUACCGAAGUGUUUGACUAGUCACUUUACAGCUCCGAGGCAGGCAGAGCGUCAUAUAUGGGACAAAGUUUUUCCCACUCAG